AUGACGUCGUUCGAGAUUGGCCGCGACCCCGCGGAGGACGCGAGGAUCCGUGCGAGCGCCGCGUUCCACCUCGCCUUCCCGGUGCGCUCCAUCCAGGAAGCCAAGACCUUCUACGGACCCGACGGGGUCCUCGGCUGCAUCGAGGGCCGAAGCACGGACCGAUGGGUCGACUACAACUUCUGGGGCGCUCAGCUGGUGUGUCACCUCGUGGAGGGAUACGACGCGGCGGCGAAUCACAACAACGUGGACGGGGAUCCCGUCCCCGUGCCGCACUUCGGCCUGGCCAUGACGCUCGAGGCGUUCGAAGCGCUGGCGAGGAGGGUGGAGGAGAAGAAUUGGCCGUUCCAGAUUGCUCCGCACCUCAGGUUUGAGGGCAAACCGGGGGAGCAGAGGGUGUUCUUCAUAAAGGAUCCGAGCGGUAACGCGCUGGAGUUCAAGGCGAUGACGACGCCGGAGAACUUGUUCGCGAGGUAUCGCGCGUAG